UUCAGAGUUUCGGUUCCCUUUUCUUUGAUCGCAUUACUUACGCAAAACGAGCCCAGACACUUGAGCUGCCAGAGAGGCACAGAUGCCGGCAGGCGGCUGACCGGCGCAGCACCCUAGGCCCGGUGUCUGGCUCCAGCCCCGCAUCCGGCUCGGCCCCGCAUCCGGCUCUGGCCCCGCGACAAGAGAGUCCGGAAGUGCAGGCAAAGCGGCUCCCGGGAGCGCCGCGCGGUCCCGCGCGGGAUCAGCGAGGGCCGCUCCCCGGCGGACUGGCGGGCGGGCGGCAUGGCUGCAGUGCUGGCUCUCGGGGUGGUCGCGGGGUUGGCGGCCGCAGCGCUGGUGGCCAUGCUCUUGGAGCACUACGGCCUGGCGGGCCAACCCUCGCCGCUGCCGCACCCCGCGCCCCCCAGGAGGCCGCACCCCGCGCCAGGUCCUGGAGACAGCAACAUCUUCUGGGGCCUGCAGAUAUCCGACAUUCACCUGAGCAGGUUUCGAGAUCCAGGCAGAGCGGUAGACUUAGAGAAAUUCUGUUCUGAAACUAUUGACAUCAUUCAACCAGCUCUCGUCCUAGCAACAGGAGACCUGACAGAUGCCAAAACAAAGGAACAGUUGGGAUCCAGGCAGCAUGAGGUAGAAUGGCAAACCUACCAGGGUAUUCUGAAGAAGACAAGAGUCAUGGAAAAAACCAAGUGGCUGGAUAUCAAAGGAAAUCAUGAUGCAUUCAAUAUUCCAAGUCUGGACAGCGUCAAGAAUUAUUACAGGAAAUAUUCUGCUGUACGUAGAGAUGGCUCUUUCCAUUAUGUCCACAGUACUCCCUUUGGCAACUAUUCGUUCAUCUGUGUAGAUGCCACCAUAAAUCCAGGGCCUAAGAGACCCUAUAAUUUCUUUGGAAUUUUAGAUAAGAAAAAGAUGGAGGAGCUCUUAUUACUGGCCAAGGAAAGUAGUCGGAGCAACCAUACAAUUUGGUUUGGACACUUUACAACAUCCACUAUUCUUUCUCCAUCACCAGGAAUCCGGUCAAUAAUGAGUUCGGCUAUAGCUUAUUUGUGUGGACACCUCCAUACACUUGGUGGACUGAUGCCUGUUUUGCACACUCGUCACUUCCAGGGCACUUUGGAACUUGAGGUGGGAGACUGGAAGGAUAAUAGGAGGUAUCGGAUUUUUGCUUUUGAUCAUGACCUCUUUAGCUUUGCAGAUUUGAUCUUUGGCACGUGGCCUGUGGUUCUUAUCACCAAUCCUAAAUCACUCCUUUAUAGUUCUGGUAAACAUGAACCACUAGAAAGACUUCUUCACUCAACACACAUCAGAGUUUUGGCCUUUUCCUUAUCCUCCAUUACUUCUGUCACAGUUAAGAUUGAUGGAGUUCAUUUAGGCCAGGCUGUUCAUGUGUCUGGUCCCAUUUUCGUACUGAAGUGGAAUCCUAGCAACUACAGUAGUGGGACACAUAACAUAGAAGUAAUCGUCCAGGAUUCUGCUGGAAGAAGUAAGAGUGUUCACCACAUAUUUUCUGCUCAAGAGAAUAACCAUCUUAGUUUUGAUCCCCUGGCAUCAUUUAUUCUUCGUACUGAUCACUACAUCAUGGCCCGGAUCCUUUUUGUGCUAAUUGUGCUGAGCCAGCUCACCAUUCUCAUUACAUUUAGAUAUCGAGGAUACCCAGAGCUUAAAGAACCUUCAGGGUUUAUAAAUCUGACCUCAUUUUCUCUUCAUGUCUUGAGCAAAAUAAACAUCUUCUACUAUUCUGUGUUGUUGUUGACACUAUAUACAGUGCUGGGUCCAUGGUUUUUUGGUGAAAUCAUUGAUGGCAAAUUGGGUUGCUGCUUUUCCUUUGGGAUAUUUGUUAAUGGACAUUUCCUACAAGGCAGCAUAACAUUUAUAAUUGGAAUUCUCCAGCUGGCAUUUUUUAACAUCCCCUUGAUGGCUUACAUGUGUUGGAGCUUGCUGCAGCGGUGCUUUGGUCACAACUUCAGGUCUCAUCUCCAUCAAAGAAAAUACUUGAAAAUUAUGCCUGUUCACCUACUUAUGCUACUGCUGUACAUCUGGCAGAUUUAUUCCUGCUACUUUCUUUAUGCGACAUACGGCACCCUAGCUUUUUUAUUCUCCCCUUUGCGGACCUGGUUGACACUGCUGACACCUGUUCUCAUUCGUUGUGUGUGGACACUGAACUCCGCCAAGCUUGGAAUCUUCAUGGUGCACUUAAAAAGCCACCUGAGCUCCUGAAGGCCAUGUCUCACCACUGGCAGCUGGGCAGAAGCCCAGCCUCUGUGUCUGUAGCCUAGGCCUCUACCCCAGUAGCAGGUGGAGGGCCAGUAUUGGUGCGUGAGCUUUAGGGAGCUGCUGCUCGUUUGGACUCCUGGAUGUUGGAGGGAUUACCCACUACUGAUACCUGCAGAAUGGACUGCAGAAAAGUCUCAAAAAUAAUGCCUUUAUUCCUUUCCUCCUCAAGGAGGCAAAGAGUUGAUUUAUCUUUGUGAAGAGAAAACCCUUAUCUAGGACACCCACAGGGUAGGGGUUGGGUGUGUGUACGGGAGUGUCUGAGGCCCAGUGUGUUUUUUAGGGGUUACCCCAUGUAAAGCACCUACCGCUGUGCUUGAAAUUCAGCAGCUGUCAAAGGUGCAAUUUCAAGGGCAGGGAACCUUUGAGGAUCUGGGCCCGACCCUGACCACGGCUGAGAUAUUAGUUCCCAGGCCUGUUUUCCCGCAGGAUUGUGGGCUCUCUGCUUCCUUAGUCGGAAGUGUUUUCAACUAAUCAAAUAAAUGAAUGAAUGAUGAAUAAGAAA